UUGAAUAGAAUGCUUCUGCUUUUUUGCAUCUUUCGAUACAAUUCAAUAUCCGUCAGAAAAAAAAGAAGAUCACUUAAAGGAUCCUAUCAGAUGUGCUAGUAGUAGAAUCCAUAUAUCUGUUAUGUAUCGUAAAUAGCUACUACUUCUACAGCGAUUUGUAGCCAGCAAUUUAUAAUUUCUUUCAUUUUUUUUUUUUUUGGUCCUGUCAGUCACAGCACAAUCCAGUUUGCCGCCCUUAGUCAUUUCAUUGAACAAUUGAAUUCAGUGUGUGUGUGUGCAUUGAAAAAAUUCGAAUCCCGAUAAUACCCACCAACUACUAACCGAUGAUACCACAGUUUGAUAUAUUUUCUCGUUUUUUUUGUAUUGAACAAAAAAGUUCACUGUAUAUAACACACUUGAUGAAGAUGACCUAGCUCUAAGCAAUAACUCGAAAGAGAUUUUCUUUCUGUUUUUGAAUCCACCAUAUAUACCGAACCGAAGUGAACCGACAACAACAACGAGAAUAAAACAUUUGAUGAUCGGCACUGUGUGUGAUUUGGUAAGUGGUACAUUUUUUCCAUAUUACCGAAGCAGCUGCUGAAUGGUUUCUAUUGAAAAAUUUUUUUUGUGCUCUAUAUUUUUUGUUUAUUAUAAAUGAAAACGGUCGAUCUUGACCAUUUGAUUUCAUCGAAUGUUUGACCACGUUUAACAACGGUCAACAAUAUCUUUAGUGGCAAUUUUGUGUUUGAAAAAAAAUCCAUUGACCAUCGCUCAAAAUAUUUACAGCUGUUCCAAAAAGUAGAAAAAAAUUUAAAAGAAAAAAUUCUUCGACAACGAUAACAACUCAACAAAGAUUGACUCAUUGAAGAACAUUGCCAUCAAUUUCACCUGAAUGUUGUAAAUUGAAAAUACACCUGAUCAAAUAAUCCAUUCACAAUGGAAAACGAUGAUAACAAUAAUAAUAACGAUGAUAAAAAUAUAAAUAACCAAAGAGGAAGAAAAAGAAGAAGAAAAUCAGACAUCAUGAUGAUGAAGAACUUAAUGGCCAUCAUAAUAAUGAUUUGGCCAGCAACGAUAUUAAUAGUCAAAGUGGAUGCUCUACAAUCACCACCAACAAUGAUUAAACAACCACCGCAUGAAAAAUUAUUUGAAGUAUUUCAAGGUUCAGAUGCUGAACAAGCUGAACGACCAUUCGUAUUGGAAUGUGAAGCUAAAGGAAAUCCUGAACCAACAUAUUCAUGGAAAAAAAAUGGUAUUGAAUUCAGUUAUGUUGCAUAUGAUAAACGCAUUACGCAACAACCAAGACGUGGUUCAUUGGUAUUUACAAAACCACAAGCGAUAGAUGAAGGUCUUUAUCAAUGUUUUGCCGAAAAUAAACAUGGCCGUUCAGUGUCAAAUGCUGUUUAUCUAAAAAAAGCUGAAUUGAAUUCAUUUUCAAGUAAUGAAAUAUCUGUUGUACAUGCAACAGAAGGUGAACCAUAUACAAUACCAUGCCAUCCACCUACCGGUUAUCCAAAACCACAAGUAUUUUGGAUUAUACAAUCCGAUUCCGGUGCAUUAAUCAACGGUAUUAAUUCAUCACGUCUUUCUGUUGAUCCAGAAGGAAAUCUACAUUUUUCAAAUGUAACACAGAAAGAUACAUUGACCGAUGCUGUUUAUGCUUGUAGUGCAACAUCAACAUUUAAAACAACAUAUCGUAUUGGUCGUCGUACACGAUUAGUGGUUGAACCAUCCGGUACAACAGGUCAAACAAGUUAUCCACCAACCCGUCAAUAUGUAUCACCACCAAAUGUACCGGCAUUGAAAGGAAAACGGCUAGAUUUAUAUUGUGUAUUUGGUGGUACACCGAUACCGGAGGUAACUUGGUACAAACGAAAUGGCCGUAUUCGAGAAGGUGUUACGAAAACAAAUUAUGGCAAAACAUUAACAUUUCCAAAAGUAGAAUUCAAUGAUGAAGGUAUCUAUGAAUGUACAGCAUCCAAUGGUGUUGGUUCCAUACAAACACAUGCUAUGGAAGUUGUUGUCAAAUCGAUUCCAUAUUGGAUAGAAGCACCAAAUAAUACGAAUGCUGCCGAUACGGAAACGGUUACAUUCCGUUGUGUUGCUGCCGGUGUACCGGAACCAAAAUUACAAUGGUUUAAAAAUGGUGAACAAUUAGUGCCAAAUGAUCGUGUACGUGUGAAUGGUAAUGAAUUGACCAUAACUAAUGUACAAGAAAUACUUGACACUGCCGUUUAUCAAUGUAAUGCAUCCAAUGUUAAUGGUUAUGCAUUCAGAGAUUUCUAUCUGAAUGUAUUGAAAUUACCACCGGAAAUUGUCGAUCCACCGGAAAAAGAAACACGUGCUGUUGUUACAUCAAAUGUUAUACUUAAAUGUCGUGUAUUUGGUGCUCCAAAACCUGAAGUAAAAUGGGAAAAAGAUGAUACAUCAUUGAAUGGUGCCAAUUAUGAAGUACUGGAUAAUGGUGAUCUUCGAAUACAUGAUGUACGUGUAACCGAUCAAGGAAAAUAUAAAUGUAUUGCAACAAAUAAAUUUGGCACCAGAUUUGCAUCGGGUGAAUUGAAAGUUAAAGGCAAAACAAAAAUUAUUCAUGCACCUGAAAAUUAUGAAGUAGCUGCGAAAAAAACAGCCGUAUUUCGUUGUAGUGCUGAGGCUGAUCCAAGUUUAGACCUGAAAAUAUCAUGGGCAUUCAAUGAACGUCCAAUCGAUACUGCACAUGAUCCAAGAAUCGUUCAGUCAACAGAUAAUUCAUUGACUAUUACGACAACAAAAGAAUUAGAUUCCGGUGUUUAUACUUGUAUUGCAAGUACCGAGCUUGAUUCUGUGAAUGCUUCCGCUACAUUAACUGUACAAGAUGUGCCUAAUUCACCAAAAAUUAUUAGCGUCGAAUGUGAUGACCUAACCGCUAUGGUGGAAUGGAUACCUACAGGUGAUAAUCGAGCUCCAGUCCUUUCAUAUGAUAUCCAAUAUAAUACAUCAUUUCAUCCGGAUAAUUGGCUUAAUGCAUUUACAAAUGUACCAGCACCGGAUACAAAAUUCAAGGUAGCCAUGAGUCCAUGGGCAAAUUUUACAUUCAGAGUGAUUGCUAAAAAUAAAAUCGGUCCAAGUGAACCAAGUAUACCAUAUGGAUUUUGUUCAACCAAAGAAGAUGUUCCAUAUAAAAAUCCGGAUAAUGUUAUUGGACGAGGUGAACAACCCGGAACAUUAGUAAUACGUUGGACACCAAUGACACCAAUCGAUCAUAAUUCUGAAGGUUUCUAUUAUAAAGUAUCAUGGAAACGACAUGAUAUUGAAAAUGAUUCAUGGCAAAGUCGUACAAUAACCGAUUGGAAACAGAAUCAUUUAACAAUCGAAAAUCAACCAAUAUUCAAACCGUAUCGUAUCAAAGUAGAAGCACAUAACCGUCGUGGUGCUGCACAUACAGCAGCCGGUGAAGUGAUUGGUUGGUCAAGUGAAGCUAAACCAUUACGAUCACCGGAAAAUUUUCGUGUUAUCGAAGUACGUGAUCAUAAAUCGGCAUUACUGGCCUGGGAUCCUGUCACAUCGGAUUCUGUACGUGGACAUUUUCAAGGCUAUAAAAUUCAAACAUAUGCAGUCGGUGAAGAUGUCAAAUUAAUGCGUGAAGUCAAAAUACCGCCAAAUGUAUCAAGAAGUUUGGUGCAGAUUUUUAAACCAAAUUCACGAAAUAUUGCACGAAUUUAUGUAUAUAAUUCAAUGUAUAUGAGUGAUCCAUCGAAUGAGAUUGUUAUCAAUACGCCCGAAGGUGUUCCCGGUCCUGUAUCAUCAUUCGAAGGUAUUUCAAUGGGAUCAAAUGCUAUAUAUUUGUAUUGGUCACCACCGGAUGAACCGAAUGGAAAAAUAACCGGUUAUCGUAUAUUCUAUGAAAGUGUUGAUGGCACAGAACUCGGUCCAAAACAGGAAAGAUUUCCACAGAUUGAUGAUCCAAAAAUUACAGGUGUUAAACUUGGUAAUUUAUUACCCGGAACGAAAUAUCGUAUUACAAUUCAUGCUGCCACCAAAGUUGGUAUGGGCGAACCAUUCUUCAUCGAAUUGGAAACAAAAGGAGAGGAUGCAGCCGCACAACCGGAUAGACCGGUUUUCGAUAUUGAUCAUGUACGUGCUAAUGAUGGAACUGAUCAUGUUAAAAUAACUUGGUAUCCUAAUUCCUCUAAAAUACCGGGCAAUAAUUUCUAUGUACAAUAUCGAUUAAAAGGAACGAAUUCAUUUUUCAGCACUCCAAGAGAUGAAAAUCAAGAUUCAACAGUGGUUUACAUUAGUGGAUUGGAUCCGGAUAAAACUUAUGAAGUAAGAAUUGUUGCUGUUGAUGGUAAAUAUGAAACACCAAGUGAAUUGAAAGAAGUGAUACCAAAUGGUGAGUGCAUCUUCUAUCAUAUGAUUGAUUUAUUGAUUUCAAAUAAUGAUUUCAAUUCUAUGGCUACAGGUAUGUACGGUAUGGAUCCAAUUGGACAUAUUUCCAAUUUCGCACCUUGGUUUAUAACAAUGAUGUGUGCAAUUGCAUUGAUUAUUGUUGCCGUCGUUCUUGUUUGUAUUGUUAAACGUAAUCGUGGUGGUAAAUAUUCUGUACACGAAAAAGAGAUUGCCCAUGGUAAAGAUGAUUAUGAAGAAGCCGGUUUUAAUGAAUACAAUAAACCAUUAUCAACAUUUCCACGUGGUGGUAGCCGUCAUUCAAUGAAUAGUAGUCUAAAUCCUGAAAGCGAUGAAGAUUCAAUGGCCGAUUAUGAAGCGGAUAGUUCGAAAUUUGGUGAAGAUGGAUCAUUCAUCGGUGAAUAUGGUCCAAAGAAAAAACGUGAUGAUGUUCAAUCACCAACCGGAAUCGCUACUUUUGUUUAGUUGUGUUUGUUGAUCAACAACACCAAUUACAACUGCCAGAAUGAGCCAUUUAUCGCCUUAUAUAGAAAAAAUAUUAACUUUUGGAAAAAAAAUUGAAGUCAAGUUGUGAUUACUAUUAUUAUUUGGGAUCCAUUUGAAUUUUUUGUGAUUUUUUUAAUGAAAAAAAAAUCAAAUCAUACCUGAUGAUGGCAACGUAUCAAACAUACUUCCUGCAAUUUUUUUUCAACGAAAUUAUUGACUUUUUUUUAUAAACAUAUAAAAUGCAGCUGCUUAUUUAUCUUGUUGAAGAUGACUGAAUUAUAUAUAUGAUAAUUGACAUUCCAAAUGUAAUAUUUUCAAGAAAAUAAUUUAUUUGAUAAUUUUAACAACAAAAAAAAUUAUACAAAUCGGUUUCCGAUUUUUGAAUAUUUAUUAUUAUCAUUUUUUAUUUUGUCAUUAUCCUCAUCAUCAUCAUCAUCAUCAUCAUCAUCUUUAUCUUCUUCAACAAACUCAGAUACCUGUUGAUUCUCUCACUGCAAUUCCAGCUCAAACCAAUUCUACAACAUGAUUUAUAUAUUUGAAAAAAAUUAUUAUUAUUUCAUUUACAAACAUCUUAUUAAUAUAUUGAUCAUGGUAACUUUUUUCUUU